CAUUCGACAACCUGCCAAAAUGACUGCAAACUCAGACUUCGACAUCGUGUUGACAUAUCGUCGCAUUCUCAAUGACGACCCAGAGCUUACUAUGCCCGUCGCGGCUAUUGAAGCCCUCGUGGAAGCUAUCGCACAGAGCUCAGUAUCGACCGUCGCCGAAACCCUCGACCUUCUCGAACGCCAUACCGCCGCCCUGAAGGCCUCGAUCGCGAACCCUAUCUCGCUCUCUGCUGGCACCGAUCUGUUCCAACGUUACCUCAUCACCACUCUCAACCGCCCAGCAAGCCUGAACCUCGGCCCUGACGACGAUUUCCGUGCGAUACGCAACCACCUACUCUCCAACGGCAAGCUGUUCGUAGAGCGGGCCAAGCAGAGCCGAGAGAAGAUUGCCAGCUUUGGCAAGCACUUCAUUCGUGAUGGGGCCACCGUGCUUACAAACGGUGGAUCGCGUGUUGUGGGUGCACUGCUGAGAAGGGCAGCCGAGUCCAGCACUAUUCGCUUUAGAGUGGUCUAUGUAGUACCGUCGUCACGCUCGUCUGACGCAAAUGAGGGCGACCAAACUGUAUCCGAUUUGCGCGCACACAACGUCCCUGUUGCUACUAUUUCGAAUUCAGCAGUAGCAUACUCGCUGGGCAAGGUCGAUAUGGUUAUUGUGGGUGCAGAAGGCGUCGUCGAGAACGGAGGUAUCAUCUCACGCAUGGGAACAUACCAGAUGGGUCUGUUGGCCAAGAGCAAGGGCAAGCCAUUCUACGUGGUCGCCGAAAGCCAUAAGUUCGUCAGGCUGUACCCGCUGAGCCAGUUCGAUCUGCCGAUUGAGCAGAAGGUACUUGACUUCAAGGUCACGGAUGACCCAAAGACGAGCAAGUCCGAUGGCAAGGACGCAGUGGACGAGGGAAUCGCAGACAUGACCCUGAAGCACGCGUCGACAGGGUUGAACGCUCAGGACGCUGUUGACUUUACGCCUCCUGACCUGAUCUCUGGAAUCAUCACAGAGUCUGGCGUACUCACACCGUCCGCAGUCUCGGAAGAGUUGAUCAAGAUCUGGUUCUGAGCCCUCCCUGAGCACAGACUUCCUGACUUGCAUUGAUUUCUUACCCCUUCGCAUCCGUCAUGCCCGAUGCUGCUGAUAAGUACUCACAUGUCAUGUAGGCCGCUCAAUAAUGCAUUCCCGCGCCCGAGCACUCGGUGCCCGCACAGCAAGAAUCGCAGCAGCACCGAGGAGAAGAGUCAUGUUUGGGACGGCGAUGCGCUCGACCAGCCAUAGAGGUGGAGGCGCUGCCACGCAAACGACCGAGUGUAGAGGACGCGCUGAGCGAGUAGUAGGGCGCUACGGUGACGGCAGGUUACGUUUAUGGCUAUGAUGACGCAAGAUACCCAGC